GGGGCGGUCCCGUGUUCCCGGGGGCUGGGGCGGUUUCGGCGGUGCUCGGCCCGAGGGGCGGCGGGGGGUUCGCCGGGCCCGGGGUCUCGGUGCCGCUGGCGCACACGGGUUGUCCAUUAAUGGCCGCUCGGUCCGGAAUGAGGAACUGGGAGACUCUGUGCCAGAGCCGGGCUGCUCCGUGUCCAGACACGGCCCUUCCACCCCGAGCCCCGGCGGGGGCUCUGCACAGGAGCCGCGAUUCCUGCGCUCCCAUCCCGCCGUGACUCCACCGGGAGCAGCGGUGCUUUCCCGAGAGCCGAUCUGAGCUGAGACCGUCGUUUGUUUGUGGGUGGGUCACGUGUGCGAGGAUGGCGGAGCAGGAGCCCACGGCAGAGCAGCUGGCCCAGAUUGCAGCUGAGAACGAGGAGGAUGAACACUCUGUCAACUAUAAGCCACCUGCCCAGAAGAGCAUCCAGGAGAUCCAGGAGCUGGACAAGGACGACGAGAGCCUGCGCAAGUACAAGGAGGCGCUGCUGGGCGCCGUCACCGUGAGUGCAGAUCCCAAUGCUCCAAAUGUGGUGGUGACCAAACUGACCUUGGUCUGUGCUACAGCUCCAGGCCCCCUGGAACUGGACCUGACAGGUGAUCUGGAAAGCUACAAGAAGCAAGCGUUUGUGCUGAAGGAGGGCGUGGAGUACCGGAUAAAAAUCUCCUUUAGGGUAAACAGGGAGAUUGUGUCAGGAUUGAAGUACAUCCAGCACACAUUUCGGAAAGGUGUCAAAAUUGACAAGACCGAAUACAUGGUUGGGAGCUAUGGCCCCCGAGCAGAGGAGUACGAGUUUCUGACCCCCAUGGAAGAGGCCCCAAAGGGCAUGCUGGCCCGGGGCAGCUACAACAUCAAAUCCAAGUUCACAGAUGAUGAUAAGACUGACCACCUGUCCUGGGAGUGGAACCUGACCAUCAAGAAGGAUUGGAAGGACUAGCCCUUCCUGAGGCCAAACCCCAGAGAGCGUGAAUCAGACAGUGGCUACCGUAGAAUUCCCCCCCUGUACCAAAGUGCUGACAUUGGAACCCUCUUACCUGUCACCCCUAUUAUCAUUUGACCAGAGAGCUCAGUUUUUUAUGUGCCCCCUCCCCAGAGAAUUGCUGAGUGCAUUGACCAAACCAUGCUGUCUGCAUCUGGUCUCCAGCUGCCCGUCCUGGGGCUGUGCUGCCCCAGCACUGAGGGGAGUGCCCACUCCCUUGCCAGGCCCUUUCUUGCUUCCCACCUUCCUUUAUCCAGGAGGUGCCAAAGGGGAGGAGCCCCUGUUAGGAUCCUGUGCUUGGCUUUCCUGCGCACAGCUCAGGGUAGCUACUGCCUCCAAGUAGCUGAAGAAUUUUGGUGCCAGGCAGCUGUCAAAUCAGUUUAUUGGCUCAAGUGUUGUCUGCCUGCCCUUUCCGCCCCGUCAGUGUCCUGGGCAGCUUCAUUUGUGGAUGUUCCCUGUAACCAUGAUGCCUUAAAUGUGUAACAUGUAUCCUCUAGGGAGGGGGUCCUGCCUCUGUUACACUUUUUAAACGCCACCUGCCCUCCCCAUCUCUUGGCAUGGGCUCAGCUUGGUCACGCCCCUCAUGUGUUAUUAGGAAAGAUUCACAACUUCCCACUUCGCUGCUGGUCUGUUCCUCACCUGAGACAGGACAUCUCCAGAGGGGAGAGGGUGUGACAUCCUGGGUGACGCCUGGCCGUCCUUCCUGGCACCCCGAGCCCUGGCCUGGCUGCAGCCCAGCCUUGCCUGCGCAGAGCCCCGAGCUCUCUGAGUGCCCUGUGGCACAGGGGCUGAAGGGCAGGGCGGUGCAGGGGUCACCAGUGCUGCCAUCACCUCGCACUUCUCACUGCAGCCCAGGGAGCUGCAAAGCACUGAAAUUCCAGGACAGCACCUGCCCUCCUGGCUGUUUUGGGCUGAGGAUGGAAGAGUCUGUCUCUGCAGCUGCUCCUGAUGCGAUCAACAAAGAGCUUGCGAUGGACAAGUGUUCCGAAGCGGUUAAUGCCUUAUGUAUUUGUUCUGCCUUUAAAAUCUGUGCCUGGCCUGUCAGUAGUUAUUGCCUUGACACUCGGCCCCCGUGCCUGCCGCAGACCCGCAGCAUGCCAGCCCCACCUUGGCUGCACAGCUGUGGCUCUUGGGGCAAAGAAGCCCUAGGAGCCCCCUGCAAGACUGGGCUGGGCAGGCAUGUGCCACCUCUGCAGCCCUCCAAUUUGGAUCUACCACACCGAGGUUAGAACUGGGACCAAGUACAUGUGGCUUUCUCGUAGCUACGUCUUUGCCUCUAACUCCCCUCGCCCUGCCCUAGAGAUUUUUUUGUUAAUUUGAUUUGGUGCGUUUUGUCUGUAAGUCCUAGACCCAGGUUAACAGGUUUGGAAUCAUCGUCUGCUUCUCCUUUUAUGACAGUUAAAUAAAAUCUUUGAACUGAC